CCCUGUAUGAAUGUGUGCGUGGGAGUUCCUCCUUUCGCCAUUCCGGGGUGUCGCCACACCACGGAGAGUACUGAGGGAGUCCUGCGAAGAGACCGCCUAGUCCCCGCCAGGCCUCUUCACACCUCUCAACACCUUCAUCCAGCCCCGGAAUGCCCCAGAAGACAGGUAUCCGCUCUUUAUUCCCUCAGAGAACCGCCGCAGACCUCCCCGGCAGCCCUGUUUGAAAGAUUACGGAGACACCGAGGGAUGCUACUGCAGCAAACGCACCCCGCACCGCGAAAAUUCUCGACGUCUGCCCGAGGAACAGAAACAUUUGGUUGGCCCUUGACCGAAGCCCCUGAGGAUGUCCGACAGCGGUGGGAACAUGAACUCCGACGAUCGGCCGGUUAAAACGGUCCCCUUCCCCCUGAGCCACAGGCUCUCCAUGAAGGAAGUGUUUGACUGUGAGGGGAAGCCUAGAGUAGACCUGCUAAAAGCCCACCUCACCAAGGAGGGCCGUCUGGAGGAGGUGGUGGCCCUACGCAUCAUCAAUGAGGGAGCCGCCAUCCUGUGCCAGGAGAGGACCAUGCUGGAUAUAGAAGCCCCAGUCACAGUGUGUGGAGACAUACAUGGUCAGUUCUUUGACCUGAUGAAGCUGUUUGAGGUGGGCGGUUCCCCCGCGACGACACGCUACCUCUUCCUAGGGGACUACGUGGACCGGGGUUACUUCAGUAUUGAGUGUGUGUUGUAUCUGUGGUCGUUGAAAAUCCUCUACCCGAAGACGUUAUUUCUUCUACGGGGAAACCAUGAAUGUAGACACCUGACAGAAUAUUUCACUUUCAAAACUGAAUGUAAGAUAAAGUACUCUGAGCAGGUGUAUGACUCGUGUAUGGAUGCGUUUGACUGCCUGCCGCUGGCUGCUCUGAUGAAUCAGCAGUUCCUGUGUGUCCAUGGAGGGCUCUCGCCAGAGAUCCACACGCUCGACGACAUCAAAAAGUUGGACAGGUUCAAGGAGCCUCCAGCUUUCGGGCCCAUGUGUGACCUGCUGUGGGCCGACCCACUCGAAGACUUUGGCAACGAGAAGACGCAAGAGUACUUUGGCCACAACACAGUCAGAGGCUGCUCCUACUUCUACAGUUACCCUGCAGUGUGCGAGUUUCUACAGACCAACAACUUGUUGUCAGUCAUCAGAGCACAUGAAGCGCAAGAUUCUGGAUAUCGAAUGUACAGAAAGAGUCAGACUACAGGCUUCCCCUCCCUCAUCACCAUCUUCUCAGCACCUAACUACCUGGACGUCUACAACAACAAAGCGGCGGUUCUGAAGUAUGAGAACAACGUGAUGAACAUCCGCCAGUUCAACUGUUCCCCUCAUCCCUAUUGGCUGCCCAACUUCAUGGAUGUCUUCACCUGGUCCCUGCCCUUUGUUGGAGAGAAAGUGACAGAGAUGCUGGUGAAUGUUCUCAGUAUCUGUUCAGAUGAUGAGCUCAUGGAGAAUGAUGGAGAGGAAGAGAUCUAUGAUGCCAAUGCAGCGGCGGCUAGGAAAGAGGUGAUCAGGAACAAGAUCCGUGCCAUCGGGAAGAUGGCCAAAAUGUUCCAAGUUUUACGGGAGGAGAGUGAGAACGUAUUGACCCUGAAGGGACUGACACCCACGGGCAUGCUGCCCAGCGGAGUUCUGUCAGGAGGCAAGCAGACUCUGCAGAGCGCUACCAUUGAGGCCAUUGAAGCCAUUGAUCCUGUUGAGGACGCAGAAGCAAUCCGAGGCUUCUCUCCUCAACAUAAGAUCAAUAGCUUUGCGGAGGCCAAGGGUCUGGACCGGAUCAACGAGCGCAUGCCCCCCCGCCGUGACGCCGUCAACAGUGUGGGUGUCUCCAUGGGCCGCAUGAACAUGGGGGAGCCCAACGGCACCGACAACAACAGCAAUAUACAGGGAUGAUGCACACACACACACACACACACACACACACACACACACACACACACACACACACACACACACACACACACACACACACACACACACACACACACACACACACACACACACACACACACACACACACACAAGUCAACAUAUACCCUUAUACAGUGAUGGCACACACACCAUCCUCCUCCUCCCCCCUACCCCGUCCUGUUGCUGCCCAGCCCACCUCUCCACCAGUGUGGCAAGACUUUGCCAUGGAUGGUUGAGGAGUCCUACUGGACAAACUGUACUGCAGGUUCCAUCAUUACCUGAUCUGACCUGGUCACACACACUACUGAAGGCCCCUGACUUGACCACAACACACUACGGAACACUCUACUGGACAUUCUGGAACACUCUACUGGACAUUCUGGAACACUCUACUGCACGUUCUGGAACACUCUACUGAACGUUCUGGAACACUACUGGACGUUCUGGAACACUACUGAACGUUCUGGAACACUCUACUGAACGUUCUGGAACACUCUACUGAACGUUCUGGAACACUCUACUGAACGCUCUGGAACACUCUACUGGACGUUCUGGAACACUCCAAUGCAAAACAAAGAGCUACUGUUCUGUUCUCAUUGUGUAGUAGGGGUGACUGGGUGACAGAUGUUACCUUUCUGUUGUGUUGGGGGCAGAG